AUGUGUGGAAUAUCACUGAUAAUUAAUGGUGUGCAAGUGAUAGAUGCAAAUGAAGAUGAUCAACAACAACAUAGCAUCACGACUACUACAGGAGAUGAUAGUAUCAACAACAACAACAGUAAUAAACAACUUACAACCGAGCAACUAAUUGAAGAUUUAAAAGGUCGUUUAUAUAAUCGUGGACCUGAUUCAUUAAAGAUACAUCAAUUCAAUCUAUCAAUCAACAACAACAACAAAGACUGUAAUAAUAAUAAUGUUGAAAUAACAAUGAUAUCAUCAGUAUUGGGAAUGAGAGGACCAUUGACUAUUCAACCUGUAGUCGAUGAUGAUGGAAAUAUAUUAAUGUGGAAUGGAGAGAUAUUUGGUGGUUAUGAUAUUGGAGUCAAUGAUAAUGAUACAUCUCUUUUAAUUGAUAGAUUGAAUCGUAUAGAUCAUCAUCAUCAUAUCAACAACAACGAAAAUGACACCGACAACAUUGAAAGUAAUAGUAAUAAUAUUAGAGAGAUUGUAAAUACACUUGUCAAGAUACAAGGACCAUUUGCAUUUGUCUAUUGGAACAGCAAAUCUAGACGUCUAUGGUUUGGACGUGACGUAUUGGGUAGAAGAUCAUUGUUGGUCAAUCGUUCAAAUGAUCGAUUCAUCCUUUCAUCAAUUGGUUCAUUUCCACAAGGUAUUGAUGACAGUAAAUCAUUACCAAAAUGGGAUGAAGUCAAUACUUUUGGUCUCUAUUCAAUUCAAUUACCAUCUGAAAUAAAUAAUAAUAUAGUUUAUUUGGAAAGACAUUCAUGGGAUAACAGUAAAGAUAAAUUAAACAUUGGUUUAACAACAUUGGAUUAUGACAAUGAUAAUGAUGAAGAUGAAAAUGCAACAACAACAACAACCACAACAAAUAUUACUGAAGAUCAAUCAAAUAAUAAUAACAAUAAUAAUAAUAAUAAUAAGAACAAAGAAAAUGAUGAAAUAGAUCAAUUACAUUUUUAUCCAUUUGGUAGAAGAAUUAAAAUGACACCAAAUUAUACGAUUGGACAAGAAAAGACAAAUAGUAGUUUAGAAUUUAAUUACAAGGAAGAUGAAUUUAUUGGUUAUAGAAAUGGAUUAUUAAAAGAAUUGAAUGAUUCAAUUGUUAGAAGAAUAUGUAAUUUACCACCAUUGUCAAUUAGUGCACCUAAUCUUGUUAGACCAGAGUCACAACCAAAUGCAUCAAUACCACUACCUGGAAGAGUUGGUGUGUUGUUUAGUGGUGGAUUAGAUUCGAUGGUGUUGGCAGGAAUGGUCGAUCGAAACUUGGCACAAGGUGAACCAAUCCAUUUAAUCAAUGUUGCAUUUGGAGAAGGUGAUGAUUGGAAGGAAUAUGAUAAAGUACCCGAUAGAAUAGCUGCCAUUACAGGAUUGGCUGAACUCCAAGCUAUCAAUCCUCAAAGACCUUGGUAUCUCAUAAAAGCAAAUGUAUCAAAUCAGAGAAUGGAAUGGGCUAAACGUAUAGUCUACCAACUCUCAUUUCCAGCCAUAACUAUCAUGGAUAUGACUAUUUCACUUGCACUUUGGUUUGCUGCUCGUGCCGAAGGUGUUAUUCAUGGUAACGAAGAUAAUAUUGAUAGUUUAAAUUUAAAUAGUUAUCAAACUAGUGAAUCUUCAUCGACAUCAACAUCAUCUUCAACAUGGAUAAUAUCAACAAGUAGAGUAUUAAUAGUUGGAGCUGGUGCAGAUGAACAAUUGGCAGGAUAUGGAAGACAUAGAAGUGCAUUUAAUAGAGGGUCAUGGGAAGUACUACAAUCAGAGUUGAACAAGGAUUUUAAUAGAAUAUGGAAAAGAAAUUUAGGACGUGAUGAUCGUGUGAUGAGCAGUUGUCAGAGAGAGGCUAGGUUUCCCUAUCUCGAUGAAAAUGUUAUUGCCUAUUUAAAUAGUGUGCCGUUGUCCUAUGUCUGUGACAUGGUACUUCCACAAGGAACAGGUGACAAACGUAUCCUCAGAUGUUUGGGUCGUGACUGUAUUGGAUUGACAAAGUCUGCCUCACUUAUCAAAAAGGCAAUUCAAUUUGGAUCUCGAUCAAGCAAACAAUUAAACAAAAAUAUACCGGCACGUGUCACUCAAAAAUGUGGAAAGGAAGUAUUCUCUUUUACCAAACCACUCUAUGACCCUGCCACCGAUCCAAACCAUGAAAAGAACCAAAAACAAAAAGAAAAACAAGUAAAACAAAUAGAAAAUAAGAAAAAGAUUAAAAAAGAAAGAAAUCAAGGAACAAAUUAUAAACCAAGGGAAAAUAACAAACAAAAAGUAAAAGAAAAAGAAAAAGAAAAAGAAAUUGAUUAUGAAAUAAAUAUGGAAUAA